UGUUGUGAGAAUUAUCAAUUACUAAUUUGUAUAAAAAUGGGAAGAAUGGAGCUUCCGGUUUUGGACAAGUGCUGCUUUGUUCUGGAUUUGAAGACAGGAUGCAUUGUCUUGGGAGUAGUGAAUUCCAUUCUGACAUUCGUCCUGGCAGUAAUCCUCAUAACCUUCGCGGUGGAUCUCAAGGACUUGCCAGAGACGAAGCGGGACGGCGUCGACGAAGGGGGGAUGUUCUCUAUCCUGUACAUCUCCGUAAUCAUUUUUGUUACGAUCCUGUUCGCGAAGUUCGUACUCGACUUACUAUUCGUAUGGGCUGUCUACAAGGAAAAGAGUGGCAUCAUAAAGAAGUAUUGCAUCUUCUGGAUCGUCGUCCUGGUGCUUCACAUCAUCGGUUUCCUCAAAUCAAUGUCCCAGAUGAGUGCCGGACAUUUGAUUUCACAAAUACUGUUCUUAGCUGAAAACUUCUAUUACAUCGCUAUCGUCCGAAGCUUCUUGAAAUCGAUUAACGAAGAUGGAGUCAUAUAAACAGUUGGCGGUCCCAGGAAUCGAUGUUUUUUCUAUUUUUUCCUUUUUUAUCUUGAUAUUUUUAAACAAAUAUGUUAAACAAGAAAUCGAAAUAUAGCGGUGU